UGCGACUCAAGGAAGUGACUUCUUUGGAGCCCUGUUGUUAUUAGUCUGAGCUAACUGUCAACCAGAAAGCCACCUGUUUUAUACUUAAACGUCAAAAUGUCUUCCGACUUUGAAACCUACGAGCAAGAUUUUGGAACAAUUACAGCAGAUAUAACUAACAAAAUUGGCAGAAUUCCCAAAAUUAGUGGAGAGGAGAAGACACAGCUGGUUCUAAAUGUCGACAAACAGCUUGAAGAAGUCAGAGAGUUGCUGGAGCAGAUGGACCUGGAAGUGAGGGAGAUCCCUGUCCAGAGUCGAGCCAUGUACAACAGCAGACUGAAAAGCUACAAGCAGGAAAUGGAGAAACUCGAGAAAGACUUUAAAAGGUCACGUAUUGCCUACAGUGAUGAGGUGCGCAACGAGCUCCUGGGGGAUGACGCCAGCUCCUCAGAGAGCCAGCUUAUAAAGUUACGUGAAGAGAGAGCACAUCUGUUGGACAACACAGAGAAGAUAGAAAGGUCAUCACGGAGACUGGAGGCUGGCUACCAGAUAGCAGUAGAAACUGAACAAGUGGGCCAGGAAAUUCUUUCCAACCUGCACAGUGACCGUGAGAAGAUCCAGAGAGCCAGAGAUAGGCUGAGAGAAACAGACGCCAACCUGGGCAAGAGUUCUCGCAUCCUUACGGGCAUGCUGAGAAGGAUCAUCCAGAAUCGGGUCCUGGUCUUCAUCCUCGGAGCGAUCAUCCUUCUCACCAUCAUCCUGGCCAUCUAUUUCAAUGUGCGAGGCCGCUGAUCUCCCCUCUACCCACAUACGCACACACACACACUAGCUCCCCCACCCCCCGAACACAUAUACAACCACACACGUGUGAUUAAUAGCGACAAAAGCGUUGUUCUGCUGUAAUUAGGACAAAUGGUCCCAAUGAAUCACUUUCUCCAAAGCUUGACAGGGAGUUGUUUCCAUCUUUCUCUCCUUUCCUCUUUGCUAUUUCUUGCUCUUUCUUUCCCUCUCUACCUUUUUUCUCCACUUUGCACUUUCCUGUCUCUCUCUUCUUUUCCUUUUCUCCUCUUCAGCUAUUUUGGGGGAGAGUAUAAUAGUUCAUAUUUUUCAUGGCGUCAUCUUCACUGUGGUUUUGCAGACCAUCCUGUGUCCAGGUGAACAAGGGAUAAGGAUUUUUUUUGCAACUCGAAGCAAAUUCAGAUGUAAUGAUUUUUUUCUUUUCUGCAGUGGAGGUGGAUCAAGUGUUAUGCAUGAGAGACAGUGAGAAAGAGAGGUAUAAGAGUGCACGAGUGACAGUCAUGGAUUGGAGGACCCACACUGUUUUUUAACACCAACAGCAGGCACACAUACUGUAGUAUGAGUUUCUGUAACUAAAUGAUUCAGCUGUUCUUCAUAUAGCUCCUACGCAGCACAUAGGACAGAGCCUUCAGAUAAGAUGUGCUGUUCACGCUCCUUUAAAACACUCAGCAGAGCCUAAAAUAGACAAGUGGCACUGCCUUGAAAUGCACAUAAAAAGGUCGAAGGUCAGUUCAGUCAAUCAAGAUGGAAGUUAUGUUCAUUUUAAUCAUGAAGAAACUGUUGAUUAAUAUAUUUUUAAUACAAAAGGCAACUGACACGUCCAAUACAGAGAGAGAUUUCUUCAGAGCCAGCUUUAAUGAUCACAUGUGGUACAGUUCCCCUGCACCUCCCAAACGCAGCUCAUUCCCCUGAACUUAAUGUAACUGUCCUUUGCGAAAAGUCGUAGGCAUCAUACUGUAUGUACUAACAUUUAAACCUACUUCAUGUAUAGUGUUUUGUUCUCGAGACAAGUGAUUGUUAUUUAUUUAUAAAUGCAUCAAUGAUUUUUCUGUUAGUUUCUGUGCUUAUAGCUGUAUAUUGUAUGAGGUUAAAAGGUGUUCAGCAUUUACAUUCACCACUUUUUUGUUGUUAUUUGGUUAUUUGGUUUUUUUGGAGUGAUUAGUCUAACUGCAGAGCACACGCCAGGACCAACAGAAAUAUGUGGAUUUCUGGUUUUGUGUCUCAAAGUUUUUAUUUUUUCUUCUGUUCUUAUAAAUGGAUCUAACUUGUUUUUGACCAUCUGCUUUGUUCUGUAGUUUACUUGUCAAGUUCUGAAGAUUGUGAUGCGGCCCUUGUUUCUGUGUUUAUCUGUACACUGACUGAUGAUGUGAUACUUUUGCGGGUGUUUGAAAAACGUGUGCAAGUUUACUGCUGUUUAAUUCUUCAGGGGCAAACCAUUCUUCAGCGGGUCUCGGAAAAUCUGAAUUUCAUUGCAUAUUUGGUGAAUGUCUGAAGCUGAGAAGGUAACGGUGCGCACCACACAAACACAUACACACACACACACACACUGGAGUGGAGCAUGGGAGUGUGCAUGUGUCUCUAGUGUUUAGUGUGGCAGCUCCUGGCGAGGACAUUUGCUAUUCUGUUUUAGGGCCACGGUCUUCAUUUUUGAAGAUGAGCGGGCGUCGGGGUGGUGAGGGUUCCCCCCACACCCCCCGUGUAGACCACCGUUUCACAGGCCCUCACCAGCCACAGUGCCUCUGUCUACUUCAAAGCCUCCAAUUAAUGGCCAGCAAAAUUGUGUGCCUCUGACUGUCCCGUGCGGGGCCGACCCACCAAGAGUUAUCAUUAAAGUCAAGGAAUUAAGAAAAAAGGAAGGAAGAAAAAAAGGAGGGAGAAGGAAGGAA